GGACGGAAGCUUCCCAGGGUCCCGAGCAGCGGGGGCCGGGCAGCGGCGAUGUGGAGCGCGGGCCGCGGCGGGGCUGCUGGACUAGCGCUCCUGGUGCUGCUACUGGCAUUUUUGGUGCCAGGCGAUGGCACCUCGAAGACUGGCGCGGGACUCGUGACAUGUGGGUCGGUGCUGAAGCUACUCAACACGAACCACAGGGUUCGGCUGCACUCACAUGACAUCAAAUACGGAUCUGGCAGCGGCCAACAGUCGGUGACCGGUGUGGAAGCGUCAGACGACGCCAAUAGCUACUGGCGGAUUCGCGGCGGCUCGGAGGGCGGGUGCCCGCGGGGGCUCCCGGUUCGCUGCGGGCAGGCUGUGCGGCUCACCCACGUGCUCACGGGCAAGAAUCUGCACACGCACCACUUUCCCUCGCCGCUAUCCAAUAACCAGGAGGUCAGUGCCUUUGGAGAAGAUGGUGAGGGUGAUGACUUGGACCUGUGGACAGUGCGCUGCUCUGGGCAGCACUGGGAACGUGAGGCCACUGUGCGCUUCCAGCAUGUGGGCACCUCUGUAUUCCUGUCAGUCACUGGUGAGCAGUAUGGGAGUCCCAUCCGUGGACAGCUUGAGGUACACGGCAUGCCCAGUGCCAACACACACAAUACAUGGAAGGCCAUGGAAGGCAUCUUCAUCAAGCCUGGUGCAGAGCCCUCUGCAGGUCAUGAUGAACUCUGAGUGCACGGAUGAGUAACUGGGUGGCAGAGGGUGCAGAGCCACUCUCGGCAGAGACUUUGUGUUUAUAGGGGUCCUCAAGUGCCUUUGUGAUUAAAGAACGUUGGUCUGUG